AAUCAAUUAAAAAUUAUAAAUAGCUUAUACAUUUGCAUUUUUGUUGAUAUCGCAAGUAGUCAUGAAGGCGUUUAUUGUAUCUUUAUUACUGGGAACUAUAGGUGUUCCAGCUCUCCCGACGGACCAGAAAAGCGACCCAAUCGUCAAGAAACUGGACGAGGAGAGGUUUCAGAAGGUUCUCGAUGGUGAAGGUGAACUCCACCUGGUAGACCUCUGGCUGAAGACCAGUGAUGAGCUAGACAGCGCCAGAUACAACCCUGACAGGCAGAAUGUAUACCAUUUGUUCACCAGAGAAAACCCUCAAGUGAGCCAGCCGAUGCUGGUUGGCAAUACUGGUCUCCUUGGGUUGACCAACUACGACCCAGAAAGACGCACGAUCAUCAUUCUACAUGGGUGGCGGAGCACGGCUACUUCCGAUGUCAACACCGUUUUGGUACCAGCCUUCCUCUCCGCUGAGGAUGUGAACGUAAUAGUGGUGGACUGGAGUGCUGGAGCGGGCAGCAUCAACUACGCAGCAGCUAUAACCAACACAAUCACAUCUGGCGAAAGCGUCGCCCGCUUCAUCGAUUGGCUGAACGGCGUGACGGGGGCUACCCCGGGCCACUACCACCUCGUGGGGCACCACCUGGGCGCCCACCAGGCCGGGGUGGUGGGCAGACAUGUCGACGGCAACAUAGCUUAUAUCACAGCACUGGAAGCGGCUCACGCUGGCUGGAUUCUGAACGGUGACAAACUCAGGCCAGCCGACUCUUCGUACACUGAGGUCAUUCACACCAACGCUGGCGUCAUGGGUUACCUAGGCACGUUGGGUCACGCUGACUUCUAUCCCAAUGGUGGGGUCAACAUGCCUGGAUGCAGCUCCCAGGCCUGUGACCAUGCUAGAUCAUACUUCUACCUAGCGGAGUCACUCCUCACUGGAGGGUUUACUGGACAGAGGUGCGCCACGUACAUUACGGCCAUGACAGGAACUUGUUAUUUGUGGGGCAACCUGCAUAUGGGAGGCCUGGUGCCUAAGACUGGAUCGUCUGGGAUUUUCUAUCUACGGACCAAUUCGCGCCCACCAUUCUCCAGAGGCUGAUCAAAUAAACCAGCAUACAUACUUCUUCUUCUUAAAUUAUUAUACAGAAUAUUUGUAAAAUUUUACACAAAACCUCUUUUUUAUAUGUUACUGGUCAGUAGCAAAAUUAACUAGUUACG